AUGGUCCCUGCAGGCUCCGCUCAGACCGCACACAUCAAGAGGCCAAUGAACGCCUUCAUGGUGUGGUCCAAGGUGGAGCGCAGAAAGAUUAUGGUCCACGCCCCCGAGCUCCACAACGCAGAGAUCUCCAAACAGCUGGGGAGGAGGUGGAGGAGCCUGAGGGAGGAGCAGAAGGAGCCCUACGUCCAGGAGGCGGAGAGACUGAGGCUGCAGCACAUGGCAGACCAUCCGAACUAUAAAUACAGACCCAAGAAGAGGACCAGCCAGGACCCGGACCAGGACCAUCAAGACUGCAGACCGAAGAAGAAGACCUACCAGGACCAGAACCAUGAAGACUGCAGAGACAGAUCAAAGAAGGCAUUCACCCAGGUGUCAGACCAGAAGGAGAGAGUUCUGUUCCCCCAGGGUCCAGAACAAGUCCGGACUUAUGCCGAGUUCCAGAAGGGACUGGACCAGGACCAGGUCUGGCUUCAGCAGCGGGACCAUCAGGGCCUUCAGAGCAACAGAGGUUCUAAAGACCAUAAGGAGCGACCCAAGAAGAAGGUCCUGUUCUCUAAAAAGGCAGAGAUCCAAGAACCAGAACUGUUCACACCAGACCAGAAGGUAGUGCGUCUUCAGCAGCGACACCAUCAGGGACCGAAGAACCAUAAGACGGACCAUGGAGACAGAGUCCAGAAGAGCCCUGCUGCAUCUGCUCUGUCGUCUUGGCUCCCACUCACUCCGAAGACCGAGCCUCAGGACCACCAGGUUUGUCAGGGUCUGACUCGGGUCCAAGAGGAGCAAGACAAGAAACUAGUGCGACAACACCAUCAGCGCCAUAAGAACCAUAAAGACCAACCCAGGAAGGAGCGGGUCCACAGACCCGAUCAUCUGGGCUCACGGGAGGCACGGCCCUGGAAGACUCCGGCUCAGACUCCCACUCGCACCCCUCGCCCUGCGUCCAAGCCCCGCCCCCGUGCGUCCAAGCCCCGCCUUCAUGUGGAGAAGCCCUGCCUCCCUGUAGAGAAGCUCCUCCCCAUUGUGCUGCGGAAACGGUCUUUGGAGGCGGAGUCUGAGGAUGAAGAGGGGCGGGACCACGUCUCCUUGACGACAGAGCAACAAUGCAUCAUUCGCAAACACAGCUCCUCCGAGUCCGAUCUGGAGGACGAGCGAUCUGAGGACCUGGGUGAAGCCUGCAGCCUAAGCCACGCCCUCUUCCCUGUAAGCCCCUCCCCCUGUCUCUCUGGUCCCACCCUCACCCAGGACCUGGCUCUGGUUCUGGACCUAGACUCGGACUGGUCCCACCUCUCAGUCCGGUCUCACUUUGAGUUCCCAGAUGCAAGGAGCAUCCACCUGCCGGACCUGGUCUUUUGCUGCUGA